AUGGCCGCAUCACCAGCGCUCGUGCAGUCCCCGCCUGCUUCCUUCCCUUUCUUCCCUUCCCGCUUCAUCUGCGCGCUCGCUAUCUAUUUCAGUAGAGUGCCCGAUAUAGUGGGAUACGCGCUCUAUUGGCGCUCCAGCACAGCACGCCUCAUGAGCACAAGCGCGCCAACCGACCUCGAGCUUCUUGCUACCGUCAAGCUCGUCCACAUCUUUGGCGGAAUAUUCAUAUGGGAAUUCGUGACGAGCGUUGGUUUUGAGUGGAAUGUCUAUAUGCGGAAGAGGCCAUGGCGGCGGUCGAUGGGUGUCUAUGUCGCAUGCCGCAUCACCACUCUCAUAGCUGUUGUGAUUGCAUUUGUCGGUUUCAAUGUCUCUUCGGAGGUUUCCUGUGAGGUGAACGCGCUCUAUAUCUUCUCUUCUCUUCUGCGUCUAUCUAAAUAUAGCUCUGUCUACCUCGGAUCUGCCUACGCAUAUAGGGAUGGUUGCGCAGCCUCCUUGUCUUCUCAUACGGCGCACUCGCGCUCGCGUCGCUCCUCAUCGUCUUUCGCGGGCACUGUCGCGAUUUGGGGUCGCCACAAGCUCGUGCUCGCGUUCACGGUCGCUGUUUGGCUCACGAAUGUCGCGUUCGCAUUGUACAGUAUCCAACAGGCUGAAGCGCACUGGACGGGUGACUCUUGCGUCGCGCGCAACACCGCACAGAUGCGCUCCGGCGUAAUUGCGAACCUGGCAACGGAUGUUGUGCUACUUGCGGUCAUGUUCGCCGGCGUGCUACACAAGCGAAACUCAACCGCCCUUUGGAGGGUGCUUUUCGUCCAGGGCAUCGCGUGGAUCUCCUUAGCCCUGCUUACUGAGGUACCGGCUGCAGUAUUGAACUGCCUGAAUAUUAGCGAUGCGUGGAAUUUUAUGUUUCAAAUUCCACAUUUGACAGUCAUGGCUAUUGUCGCGACGACCGUCUACCGACGGCUCUCCUUAUUCAUUGCUCCUCUUCGUCGCCCCCACUCCAUCCACCGCAACCUCACCGCGCCCAAUCGUUACGCACCCAACCGUGCACGUGCCCGCCGCGCUGCCGCCGCGCGCUCUUCAACGCAAUCGAUCCCUCAGACACCGCGCACACCUGUCGACAUCCCCGUGGGUCCGUUGGGCGUGAGCGGGUACGGGUACAAUACGCAGGGCGGCUUCGGAGAAGACGAGGAGAGGGGGGUGGAUGUCAUCGUGCUGGAAUAA